AUGAAUCUUCGACGUUUGCCCUACGCAAUUUGCUGUUUCGAAGAGACGACUGUGCAAGGACAACCUUUGCUGGAAGAAGAAAUUCCAUUCAACGUUGCGUUAGCUUCUUUGAAAAGGAUCAAACGUUUUAAAAGAGCUUCAAAUGCAAUGGAGGGGUUUACUAUAGAUGCACAUGCCUCUCGAAUUAUUGAAGUGCCUUUAUUAGGUCAAGAAGAUCAGACUGUAGAAAUUGACUGUGCAAGUUUGCCAGAAGAUGCCUCUGAACUAGUAGAAAUAUUAACAAAUGAACAAGCUGGAAAGGACUUGUGGACAAAAUUUGCUCGUGAAUACCAUAUACGUAGUCUUUCCAACCAAGCAUUGUUCAUUCUAACUUCUGCGUUGAACGUUUUGAAGGAUGCUGACAGUCAAUGUCUAUUAAACGCGAAUAUCUGCUCUGUUUAUAUGCAUUUGGUGAGACAUGCGAAUUGGAAGAAGGAUAAUGUUGCUCGUGACCAACAUUUGCAGAAUGUGCGGACAUAUCUGGAAGCUGCCAAUCGUUUGAACCCCAAAUUAGAGGCAAAUGUUUUGCUUCAUGGAAUUUAUCGAAUUCUGUUGAACCCCCUUGAUAAAGAUUCCCUAGAAAAUUCUCUUCGCUGUUUUGAUUUUGUAUUGCAAAGGUCCGAAGGCAAUGCCUUUGCAUUAAUUGGAAAAGCUCGUAUUUUAUAUUCCCGAGGAAAUUUUCGAGGAGCCCUGAAGCUCUACCAACGUGCUCUUGUCAGCAGUCCACAAAUUCAACCCGAUCCCCGGAUUGGCAUUGGUCUUUGUUUUUGGAAUUUGAAUAUGAAGGAGGAUGCCUUCGGUGCUUGGACUCGAGCAAAAGACCUAGAUCAACAAAACCAUUUUGUAAAUACUUACUUGGGCCUAUACUACUACGAUCUUGCUUUUGAGAACGUCAACUCUGAUCGUUUCUUACAAUAUUAUGGCGAAGCUUUAAAAUAUACCCAAGCUGCCUUUAAAGCUAUGCCAAGCGACCCUGUCGCUUCUUGCAUUCUAGCUAAUUAUGUUUAUUCAAAACGUAGUCUCGAUGGUUGCAUUAAACUUGCAAACACCGUCGUACAAAAUUCUUUCUCUCCUUCUCUUGUGGCAGAUGGUUAUUUUUGGAUGGGUAGAGCUUAUCAUCAAAUGCAAAAUUAUGAAAAAGCGAUGACAUGUUACCAAAGAGCCCGUUCCGUCGAGGAUCGUCAUCUCUUAUCCUUCUUAGGAAUAGGCCAGAUUCAAAUUCUUCAAAAUGAUUUGACCAGUGCCAAAUUGACUUUUGAACGUAUUUCUGAACAACAUCCCAAAUGUGCAGAGGCACUUAUCAUUUUGGGAUGUCUCUAUGCCUCAGAGUCAAAAUCCGAUUUUACGAAACCUCGGAUGCUUUUAGAUCGUGCAUUUAACUUAAUCGGAUCAUCAAAGAUACCUAGAGUUGUUGAUUCUGAUUUGUAUACUACUCAAGCUAGACUAUGGGAAAAAGAGGAUACAAGGAAAAGUUUGAGCUUUUUGCAACGCGCCCACGGCUUCUUAAAAAAUGCUCAAAUUACUGUUCAUCCUGAACUACUUAACAAUAUCGGAGUUUUAAACUACCAUCUUGGAAACUUCCAGGAAGCCAAAGAUUAUUUCUCAGCGGCUAGAAAGGAAAAUCUCGAUAUCGGUCCUGAAAUUUUACUUGUGCUUGAUUUCAACCUUGCCCGUUGCGAAGAAGAACUUGGCAAUAAUGAAGUAUCCAUUGAAAUAUAUACUAAGCUUUUAGAUCUCCAGCCGUCUUUUGCAGAUGCUCGUGUGCGCCUUUGCUUGUUGCAAUUAGCUAAUCCUCAGGAGGAAACUUUUAAGUCCAUUCGACAGCUAAUGACAACCGAUGCAGACAAUUUGGAAGUACGAGCGUUCUUUGGCUGGUAUCUGAGUAAACAAAAGCGUCGCCCUGCGGAGGAUCCCGAGGUUCGCCAUUGUUCACAAACUCUGCGACAUUGGCACGAUGAUAUAUAUUCUCUUGUUCAGCUUGGUAAUGCCUAUAUGCGUCAAGCUCGAGAAAUUCGUGUCCAGAACGAUAAAGACCGUAGUAAGCAUCAAAAGCUUUACAUCAAAGCCGUCCAGUCUUAUGAUCAAGCUAUCAAAUUUGACCCCAAAAACGCUCAUGCUGCUCAAGGAAUUGCCGUUACAUUUGCUCAAAGUAGGCAAUUUUCUAAAGCUUUGCUCAUCCUAGGAAAAAUUCGUGAAUCUAUAAAAGAUGUUACUACUUUAAUUAAUAUCGGUAAUUGCUUAGCCGAAUUGAAGCAGUUUAGCCGGGCAACGGAGAUUUUUGAAACUGUUAUUUCCAUAGCAGGUGAAGAUGAUGUAUACGGAAUUUUAAAUUGCCUUGGCCGAGUUUGGUUGCAACGAGGUCGUGAAGAAAAACGGACUGAUUUCUUAAAAGAGUCAUUGAAGUACUCAAGAAUGGCUUUAGAAAAGAACCAAGAAAAUACGAGCCUGCAAUUCAACGUAGCAUUCGUUCAAUUUCAACUCUCUGAACUGAUAUACACUCAGCCUGAAAACGCACGAACCGUGGAAGAUUUACAAUUUGCUAUUCAGGAAUUGGACGACUCUGUGAAGACGUUCAGUUCAUUGGUGACAUGCAAACACCCUCCUUAUCCACCCACAGAUAUCGAACAGCGUGUAAAGAUGGCUACGAACACCACCAGAAAGAGACUGGAGCGUGCACUACAACAACAAUCUGAGUAUCAAGCUACUGUUACUGCCAAGCUCGAUGAAGCUAAGCUCAAUCGUGAAAAAGAAAAAGCCAGAAGAAUAGCUGAAGAAGACGCUUUGCGCAAAGCCCGAGAGGAACGCGAACGUGAGCUUGAUGAAGAACGGAAACGCAUGCAAGAGGAGGUAUUACAGUGGAGAAAGGAUCAAGAGAAACAAAUCGAGGAAGAGCUUAGUGUUGCCUCCGAUCCCGAAGAUAAAUCUUCUGGAAGAAAGAGAAAAGGCGAAAGAAGGAAACGUAAAUCCAGCUCUAAAGCUGAUAAAGACGCCGAUGUUGUCAAUGAAGAUGAUACUGAUGAUGAUGAAAUUCCUCUAUCAGAUGCCAGAAACAAAUUAUCUAAAAAACGUCGUAAAAACAAACGUGUAAUAUCAGAAGAUUACGCCUUUGACGAGUCUGACAAUGAGCAGCAACCUGCGGAUUCUACGGAAGGUCAAGGUGAGAAUCUAUUUCCAUCUUCUCCUGUGAAUGAACCCGCUAACGGCAAUUACAAAAGCGAAAAUGAAUUAAAUAAUAAAAAUGAAGGAGGACUUGAUAAUCUUUUCUCCGACGAAGAAAAUGAGCCUUCCCCUUCUUCGUAA